AUGCAACAGCUGCUGCUGCGGCAGCAGAAGCGAGAGAACAACUGCAAGCUGCUGCUGCAGCAGCAGAAGCAAGACAGCAAGGACGACAACAGCCACGAGCUGCUGCUGCAGCAGAAGGACGAUAACAACUGCGAGCUGCUGCUGCAGCAGCAGAAGCAAGGUAACAGCUGCGAGGUGCUGCAGCAGCAGCAGACGGCAGCAGCUGGAACAACCGCGAGCUGCCGCUGCAGCCGCAGAAACGCGAAUCCAAACGCCGAACAGCAGGAGCAGCAGGAACAGCAGGAGCAGCAGGAACAGCAGGAGCAGCAGGAACAGCAGGAGCAGCAGGAGCAGCAGGAGCAGCAGGAGCAGCAGCUAGAUGUAAGCGAGCAUUUGGGAUUUGUUGCGGGAGACGGAUUGCAUGGGCUGAGGGUGACUGGUUUGAAACAGUUGGAAAGGUGUGGCCUCUGCAUGCAGAUGCGCUGGAAGAGUUCUCAAGAAGGUUUUUUCGAGAACUGGGGUUGUUUGCGGCGGCCGGGGGGAAGGCGUUUGAAAUUGGGGGAAGGAAGGGAAGAAGGAAGUGAAGAAGAGAAAAGGAAGAAUCAGAAGUUGGUUUGGGGGUUGUGA